GCUGCAGUCGUAACGUACGCACCGGUCGAGCGCGAGUGUGGUCCACCGGUGACCAGAGUGUCCAUAGUCUCGCGAUCUCCGAAACAGUAAUAUCAUCGUCAUCGUCAUCACUCUCGCUCGUCUAAGACAACAGCUGUUUUUAUUUUUUUCGUCCGUUCCGUCGCGGUCCGCACGUCGUUCGCCUGUCGCAGAAAACGAUUCCGCGCGUUUCCGACGGAGGAGUUAUUGUUCAACGAGGUUUGAACUUUUGUUCGAAACUGUAUGAUAUUAUUGUACAGGAGCUAUCGGCCACAAUACCGCCAGUAACGAUAGCGCCAGACCGCUAUAAUUUCACGUGCCGACUACCGCAGCAGCAGCAGCAGCAGACUGCGCGAUUAGUUUUCCUUGUAAAGUGAAAACCACGCUUCCUCGGCCGAUUUCAUAAAACGCGCGUGUGGAAAAAACCUAAACAAUGCGGCUUUAUGAUUUCGAAACUUGAUAUUCACAAAUUAUUCAAAGGAUAAUCAAUUUUGAAAGAUCAUAUUUAACUGAAAAAAAACAUGUGGUUUUUCCUGUUAAUCAUUUCAUCGUUUUACAUUUGGACAUGUGACGGACUGACGGUGAAAGCGGUGGUACCUCGGUACAAGAUCCGCGGCGAGACGGCUGUGCUCCGGUGCGACUUCGAGCUGGAAGGAGCCCUUCUGUACGCCGUCAAGUGGUACCGCGAAAACGAGGAGUUUUACCGGUAUGUGCCCAAGUCGGACCCUCAGAAGACGUCUUACGUGGUGGAUGGGAUUAAGGUCGACCACAUGCAUUCCAACAGUCGGCAGUUAACGUUGAGAGACAUAACGUUGAAAACCACAGCUAAUUACCGGUGCGAAGUUUCUGCAGAAGCGCCGUCGUUUGCUUCCGCACAAGAUGGUGGCCGAAUGGAAGUUAUAUACUUGCCUAAAGAUGGUCCAUACAUCACUGGCGACAAGUCAAUUUACCAGUUUGGUGACACGAUAAAUUUGAACUGCACUUCAGCCAAGUCUUACCCAGCAUCCAGUCUUCAUUGGUUCAUAAACAACAUUUCGGCGAGAGAAGAAUCUUUGAAGAGGUACCCAGCGCAGAAACACCCUCGAGGGCUCGUGACGACAACUUUGGGGUUGCAUUUACCUCUGGAUGCGGAGACCGUGUUGAACGGGGCAGUGAGGGUCAGGUGUGUGGCAGUACUAUCACCCGUAUUGUGGACUAGUGACAACGAGAAAGUGCUGCCCAGACAGGAUAAAAGAGAAGCACUCCUGCUUGUUACAGGAUCUUCCAACGAAUGUAAAUCCAACAGCGUCGUCGUGUUCCUAUUUUUAAUACUCAUACAUGUGUUUUUUUAAAACAAAUUAUCAACAAGUAAAUAAAAAAAUAUCAUAUCAAAAAUAAUUUUACUCUUAUAUUUAAAUUUUUUGAAAAAUGUAUUUUAUUUGUAAAUUGGAUUGUAUUAGAUAUAGUUUAACCCUAUAUAAAUAAACAUGUACUACUUGUGUUAAAUA